UAGUGUUGCUACUCACGGUAAUCAUGGCGUCUUCAGAGGUUUACGAAGUUGUAUUAAGCGGCGGAGCUCCUUGGGGCUUUAGAUUGCAAGGUGGCAGGGAGUUCAGAGCACCUUUAAGAAUUGCAAAGGUUGGUUGUCAUGAAAUGACCAUGAAAUUUAAAUGUCAUGUCCGUAAGAGAGCAAAUGCCUCGGAGGCUGAAAUGCUCCGUGACAGCAAAACAAACUGUGAACCCGCUAAAUCUUUGUUCACUCUACACAGUACUUUAUUUUCGCGAUUGCUCUUCCAAACUGCAAUAAUAUAUUUUCUUUUAAGUCUUCACUAAACCGUUAAAUUGAUUUUACGGAUUUAAUCUCGUUCGAGUCUCGCUGCAUUGAAAUCUCACGAACAGUAUAAACUAACGCCAAUUUCUGAAUUUUAAAAUUUUGUAGGAACGAUAUUUGAUAGGUCUCCGAUAAGACUUCAGUGACCGGUUGUAAGGAUUUGUAUCUAUUUCAACAAAUUUAUUUCUACCACUCUGUUUCCUAAUAAAUUAAUUUUUGUCUAGGAAUUAGUAGUUUCUUUCCUUUGUUGUCUAUAUUUAUUAGGUUAGUUAGUUUUCCCAAGUUUUUAUUUCAAUAUAAUUCGUUCGAAUGUUAAGCGCACGGUUCGUUACGAACCUCUGCCAAGUUAUUGAAGCGACGAAGUGUUUUAAGCUGAAUAUAGGAAUAAUACUGUGGAACUCAAUUCUAACAGAACCUUAUUCACUUUCCUUUGAAUUGCAGAAAUCUCCUGCCACGUUGUAAUUUUUCUUUUGCGGCAGAACAAUUUUCGUGUUGGUUUCAUGAAAUUAACACUUGUGGUUAAAUAGAAUUUGGUGAUCCGUAAAUUAUAUUAAUAAUAUCAAUUACUCGGUGAAGAUAUUUUCUUCAGUAUAUCAUACUUACUGUAAAACUGGAUUGGAAAAAGUGGCAUUCUUCAGUAGAAUAUGCGCGCUUGAUUGUUUGUAAAUCUUGAUACAUACUCUGUUUUAAUUUUAUGAAUUAAUGAUGUAUUGUAAACGAACGGGCCUCUACUAAAUUUUGUUGGAUAGAGGUUCUUAGCUUAUAUAUUUUAAUGCGAUUUGUUGUUGAAUGAAGUACUGAUUCAGCUGAUAAAAUUCCAGAUGAAUGCCAAAUUAUUUUGUCAUGGCAAAUGUAUAAAAAUUCAGACAAAAAUUCAUUUUUAGGCUAGAAGUGUAAAAAUAAUAAUCAAUUCUCGUGUAGACUAUCAAAAGUUUUUUCAUUGUGACAGUUAUGCCUGUUGUUCUCUGGAUUGUAGCCACUUAAACUAAGUUGUGUCGUUGCCAAAAUUAGACUACAUCCAGUUUUAUUUUGAAGUGUUUGCUCUCCUUUUACCAGCAUUUGUAUCUUUUGAACUAUAAUGUACGUAUAAAAUUGUGUUUCAAAUUUUCAUAGAUAAGUAGAUCAAGCACGGCAGAUUAAAGUUACAAGACUUAGCUACGAAAAAAUUCCACUUCCUGUGAAUUAUCAUGCGAAGCAAAUAAAAUAUUUAUAUUUAUAAUUUUUUGUCAAAAUCUGACAUAAUUCCUUUAUUUUCACUACAGUACUUGAUUACAAGUACAGAGUGAAUUUUUCUGUCUCCAUGAAAAAAUGUACCCGUCCCGUGCUUCUUUGUAACCCCAUAUUUUGUCUUUUUUGUGGUACGUUACUGUCUGCACAAUUGUUUAUAUAGUAGUCUCAUCGGGGAAAGUUUAUUGGUAUGCAGGUUAAUUUGUUUUAGCUUUAAAAUUUUGAUCUAGUUUUAUUUUUAAUGUACUGAUGAUGUCUUUUAUUUUUCAUUUUAUUGUUUGAAUAAAAUGUAAUUGAAAUGAUAUUUCAACCAACUGCAAAACUGAAACCACAAAGUAUCUUUAAAAUAGGGUCCAUGCUGGCCAGCUACUAUAAUGAUGUCUCUAAUAAGCCCCAUUAGGUGCCCCCUUUUGAACAUGUAUUAUGUCUUCUCCCCCCCUCAACUCCCGAUAGUCAAUUAAUGGAAACAGAAUGCUUUUAAUGAUGAGCUGCAGACUGCACAAACUUAAAGGUCUGGUUUAAGAUAUUAGAUACUGCUGGCUGAAUAUCAGUAACAGUUGUAGUUCAAUUUUAUCCUUUUUUGAAAUUUUAUUUUCCUUUUUCUUUGGGUAAGGUUUUGUAUGAUUAUUUUGUAAAAGAAAAAAAGAAAUAAACCAAGGAUAAAAUUUGAAAAAAUAGUAUUAGUUGCAAUAGGUUUUCUUUCUUGUUUUGAAUAUCACACCAUGUCCUACUGGAAAAUGUACAAAUGUAAGUGGACCCAGAGAUCUAAUUUGAGAAAUGACUAGUAUCUUUGCUACAUGUAUGUAUAUAUCACUAAUUAUUUUGUUAAAUUGUCAUUUUAGGUAACACCAAAUAGCAAAGCUGAAAUGGCAGGAAUUGCUGAGGGAUUGCUGGUCAAAUCCAUCAACAACGCAGACUGUGAAGAUUGGACACACAGUGAUGCUCUUAAUAGUAUUAAAAAGACAGGAUCCAUGCUAAAAAUGAUUCUUUGUAGGUGAGUUAAAAAAAUGGACUUAUUAUAUAUUAUUAUAUAUUCCUAUAAUUUUGUUAGUUUUUUUAUUCAACAGCAUGGGGUGGCUGGUUUUUAUUGUACAUAGGGGGCUAUGUUACAGACUCUUAUAUAUUUUGGUCAAUUUUGCUGUUAUUGUGACCUGAUUUGCCUCAUGGCCCUUUAUCCACUUCAGAUAUAAGUAAUCACACAUAACACUUUUAAUCCAUCAAAGCUCUUAACCAGAUUUUGAAAAAAAUGAAAAGUUCAAAGACUUGCUUUAGCUACUGUCAAAAUACUUUGUACUGAGGAGUUGGACAUUCUUAAUUCAAUUUGCCACCAUUACAGUUUGUUUCUUUGUAAAGCUCUCCUAAAACACAGUGAAGGCAGACAAAAAUGUGUCAAAUUCUUCUUCAAUUUUUAACAUUUUGCUCCAUAAUCUCCAAAGAAUGAAAAGUUUAUUUUUUGUUACGCAAGUGCAAAGUGUCCUAAUGACCCUGUCUUUCAUUGGAUAUGUUAAUUGAUUAUUAAUUGCUCUCUUACCUUUUAUGGCAUGUGGUUCAUUUAGUUUGUUAUUGAGAGAGAAAAGGGGAUUAAAUUACAAGCUGGGUUGAACUAUGCUGUGCAAAUGCUACAAGUAGCUAUCUGUCCAUGUUUGAUAAGUGAAUCUUUAACCAGAAAGAAACUGUUUGUGAAAGAACAUGGCUAGUGAAAGAAGAUUUGUUUCCAAAGCAACUUUUAGUUUUAAAAGGUAUACUAAUAAUAUACCAAUAAUUAAUUUUUAUGGUUGAAUAAUAAUCAUUUUGAUUUUCAAUGUGUAGCUUGUGUUUAUCCUUUCUCCUUUACCAGUAGAAAUCUCACUCUUUCAUUAACUUUUGUCUUCUAUGAUCCCAGUAUUAUUGAAGAGUGACUAUUUGACAAUAAUUGCUACAUUAAUUUUACAAGACAUUCAUCUUACAUGUUCAUCGUUUUUGCUUGCAUUGAAAGAGGAUCAUUCUGUUUAGAGAUACAUCAUAAUACUGCAGUUGUCCCUUUAUAACGUCUUGCGUGGUUUUCGUUAUUUGUGUGCUAUAGAAGGGAACAUUUUCUGUUACAGACUAGAGGAUUUUGAUUUAUUUACACCCAAAGCAGACUAUUUUGAAAGUGAAUUUUCAUGCUAAUUUGCAUUCAUUAUUUUUAUAGUCUUUUAAUACUUUACUGAAUGUGUCUGUUUCAAGAUUAAAUAAGGAAAUGAACUGCUUGCACAGAUACAAUAGAUCAGAUACCAAAUGAAAUUGUACUUUUUUCUUUUAUUUUUUAAAUAUAUUGUAUUGGCUGUUUUUUCUGUGUGUAUAUUAAUAAAUAGCUAGAUGUUGACCAAAGAAUUAUUGUUCAAUCAGUUUUGGAGUCCAAUGUAGGGAAAUUUAUUUUUACCACUUAAAUCAUUGGAGAAUAUCUAGUCUUUUCUGAUUAUUAAAAAACAUAUCUGUAGAAUUUGUUUUGUAGACUUAGUGGGAUAAGGAGCUUUUUAUUUCCUUCAGCCCCAUCUUGGUCAUGCUUAAAAUGUUAAUUUGUAAAUACAUACCAACUGUUGUUUGUGUAUAUUAUAGUAAUAAUAUUGUAAUAAUGAAAAAAUUACAUGCUCAAUGCCAAAGUUUGCAAAAUAGUGGUGUUUGUAUGGAUUUGAUCUCAAUGUCUUGUCCAUUAUAAAUUUAUAUUUCUGCAAUAUUAUUGAGUUUUGCCGUGUAUCACCUUCAAGUUCUAUGUUUUGUCAAUUAAUAUGUUGAAUACAUACACAGUAAAAAUGUUGUAAUAAGGUUAUCACUUUCAGCUUUAACACAAGUGCUAGUUGACACAUGUUAUUGCGUAGAACUCUUCUGUUUUUUUCCACCUGUUCUUCUCUAAUUAGAUAAACAAAAAGACAUUGAUGAGUGUAUAUCAAACACAGUACCUUUACAGACUCUCCCUGACACAUCUCCAUCAGAUGCAUGUAGUGUUUAUCAUAUCUUAUUUACCUAAUUCUCACAAUUUGUCUAGUUUGCAAUAUUAGAACCCACCUUGAAGGUCUUAUGUAGCCGCUAGUGAUAUGCAUGUUUGGCUUCAGAAUUCAUGUUUGAAUUUUUGCAUUGGGUGUAUCACGUAUUUCAGCCAUCAAUUAAUUAAUUUUAACCAUACAUAACCUGUAUACAAUGUAGGUCAAGUGAAGGGCAAUGAAAAGAGAAAAAUAAGAUAUGCAGCAUGUAUCUUAAAGAUUCUGAUUGCCUGCUGAAAUAGCAUGUUCAUUGAGGUACCAGCAGCACAACAUGGUUGUGAUUUUGUCUUGCAAGUUUUCACUUUGAUAUCUGAGUUAUUUCUCUUUGUUAUGUUCUCCUAAAUUUUUUAGAAGGCCUGUUUCCACGCCAGAUUUUGUUUCAAGCGAUGGCAGUUUUUUUACACAAUCUUCAUCAUAUACAACAGAUGACUUAAGAAAUGGAUCUGCAUCUACACAUGUUUCCAAAGCUACAUUCAAACCAUCCUCUUCAAAUGACACAUUAUCAUAUGUUACAAUGCCAAGAGGCCAGGAGAAAAGAGAUGUGGAUGCUAACAGAUGGAGAAGCAUUGAAGAAAAUAACAAUAAUGCUUUCAAUUCUAGAAAAGGUUUGUAUAUUUUGAUACAUACAGUUACCACCAAAUUAGCAAUCUUAAGUGUUUAAUGCCCCCACAUUUAUUUAUUUUUUUGAUGCAUUCUAUAGCUAGUCAGUCUUGAGUUAUAAAUUAUUUGUGUCCUUUUUUCCUGUAAACAUGCAGAGUUUAUUUACCUACUAUUCCCCUGUUGUGUAUCAUUGAUUGUGCUCUACUUUUUUAUUAUUGCAGUUUUCUUUCUAGUUUUUCCGGUAACUUUUAAAAUUUAAUAAUCUAAUUAAUUCUCUUUACUCAACCUGCCUCAAUAAUAGUCUUUGCUAAUUGCAGGUUGUGUACGUAUUUGUUGAAUUUGUAGCUAAGAUUUAGAAAUGGAUAAAGUACUGUAAGUAAGUAAAUAAGUUUUAAUCUGCCACAGGCAUCUUCAUUUUCUGUGAGCAUUUUGAAGCUGUGUGGAAUGAAAAGUCUAGCAGAAGACUUGCUUUUCAGCCCACACGAGGUCCCACAUAACAACAGUUGAUGGGAUGUAUAAAUAUUCAGGGUUUGGAAAACUUUUAGAAAUUUUCAGUGUGGCAGCUAAACCUAUGGUUAUGGAAAAAGUCAUGGAAAGUCAUUGAAUUUAAAGAGCUCAAAAGAGUACGAACCGUGAAUUGUUUCCAACCUAAGGGAUACCAUAUUCAGUGGGAUGAAGCUAAAGCUGACAAUCUUUUAUUUUCUUUUGCUCAACAUCCUUGGAGCAGAAACAUCACUCUUGCCAUUUUCACCUCUCAGGAAGUUGGCAAAGGGCUAUUUUUUCUAUAAACUUUGCAAUAUUAGUAGCUACAAUAUAGUCCUGCUCUCUGCACUCAUCACUUAGAAUUUUUUCUUCUGACAUGUAGUCUUUCAUGGUACUUUAAGGCAUGAUUUUUUUAGUCACCUGUAUAGCCAUUAUGCAAGAUUACAUCUUUUUUAAUCAGCCUAUUUUACUUUGAAGUGUUAUUGAAGUGUUAUGGUUCAUGUUCAUGGUUUUGCUUUGGAUAUGUUUGUAAUCAAACAAAAGAAAUUUCUUCACUACUUGUGUCCAUUCCCAGUCACAAAUCAUCUCUGUGUUCUGUAAUUUUUUUAGAUGAUCUAUCUAACUCCAAUGAAUGGAAUCCUGAUAUUAUAUCAGGGGUGGUUAGGCCUCCAGAGCAAAUCAAAUUGGUGCAUGGCAUGGAAGCUCUCAGAUCUGUAUCAAGUUCUUCAUCGACAUCAGGUAUAUUCUAAGUUUUUGCUUCCAUAAGUUAAAGAUUGGUGUGAAAGGUAUGACUGCACGUGUACGUAGAUCAUUUUUCAAGUUUGUAGAGUGGUGGUUCAAUUCCAAGAACUGUAUGUAAUAUCAUCUUAGCAUGGUUACAUUCACUCAGCACAUGUGUUGUAUAUCAUAAGGAUUUAACAUAAAUUAUCACAUUAUUAUUAUAAUGUAGUAAAAAAACCUUGAACUUCAUUUUCAUCACUCUUUGCGGUAAAAAAAAACUGCAAAAGAGUAAUCUGUAACAUUGGCUCAUCUAGAUAAGUCAGUCAGUCAUUUUUGCAAUAUUAAGCCAAAAAUGUGUUUGCCUACCUGUAGAGCCUACAUCUCAAGUGAGGGUGCCUGCAGAUACAAGGGGAUUUGUUGAUAAACCUCGCCCUAUUGGACGUGGUGGAAGAAGGUAACCAACUCUUUCUUUACCUAACUGUACAGUAAUUAAAGGCAAAAAAAAAACGUACAAAGUAUGUGGCAGUGAACAUUUGCAAGUCUAGCAUUAUAUGUGACCCUACCCUACAAUCUGGGUGUCACUCCCGGUGUAAACCAGUAAAACUCAUUUUGCAAAUGUUUGUUGAAUUGUACUUGGCAGUAAAACUCAUUUUGCAAAUGUUUGUUGAAUUGUACUUGGCACUUUUUGAGUCAAUACUCCCACUUGAUUUUUUAGUAAAUUGCCACAGUUGCCCAAACCACUAUUCUUGCCUGUGUUUAAUACUGACUAAAGAAAAUAAUGUAUUAUUAUAUAUUCACCAGGCUUUAUAAAUUCAAAUCACAUUCAUAUCAUUGUGAAGUGGCCCCCUAAGUUAUCAACAGUCCAGAACAGUCCUAGCAGUAAGCAAGAUUUUUGUAGUAAUUGGCAUUAUUUUGCACACAAGUCUUGUGUAGCUCAACAGUGUUCAGUAGAGCAUCUGGAGUAGUGUCUAAAAGCUCAUAGAUUGGGGCCUGCUGAAAGAAGUCAGUUUUCUUUUUCGAGUUGCCUGUGGGGGUAAGCAACUGAAGACACACACCGUCCUCAAAUUCUAAAUUCUUCUGCUACUGAAAUCUAAACAAUAGGAUAACAAUAAUUAUGUGCCAGCAACCUUUUUAUAAUCCUAACAAAACGAAAUGGUUGCAAUAAUUAAUAACAUUAUAUUUAAUGCCCAAGCUGCCUUUUGUUUCAGUGAUAGUUUUCUGGAAAAUCUUCUUAAAAUAAUUUUAAGUCAGUGAAUUUUGUCUGAAGUCAUUUUUUUGAACACUAAAAUAAAAAUAUGUUAAGUGAUGGGCACAUGCUCCUUAAUUUUAAGGAUCAUAUCAUAUUCAUGUAAUGUUCUGAUUUAUAAUCUCAUAGAUUUGAUGACACAAGUUUUCAAACACCUGGAACUAAUCUACAGUUAGUAUUUAUUUGAUAACUUACCAUUUUGAUGUUAAUGUAACACUGCAACUCACUCUACUGUACAUGUACUGUAGUAUUUUUUUUUUUAAUCAUAUUAUUUGAACCUCAGAUCAUCCGAUUUCUUCUAAGAUACAAUCAUAUAUGUACAUGUACUUACCAUCCCUAACUACUACUAACCUGUUCUUAUUCUUUGUUGUCAUCGGUCAUACUCUAUAAAUCACUUUUAUAAGUUAGCACAGUUCAUGUACUUACUUGUCAUUCCUGAGUUCAGCCUUAUAUUUGGCAUCAUAGCUCAUACUAUAGUUCUCUUUGGAAAGUUCUCUAUGUAGGGAUCUUUAAAAAAAAUUAACUCAAGGUCAGAAGUACUUUUUAAAGUUGUUAUUUCAUUAAAUUUUGUUAAUUUACUGGAGUAACAGUGGCCAAACACAUUGAUGACCUUUCCAUUAUUAAACAUGGACCUGAAGUACUUAAUAUUUCAUUUCAAGUAAGAAAAAAAACUGAUAAACCAAAUAAAUCAACUGAAAAGCAACAGGUCUUUUGCAUUAGUUGAUCACGUAAUCAACUUUCAGUAAACACAAAAACAGUUUGCUUUUGAAAAAUUUUGUUAGCACAAGCUGAAAGAGCAUAUUAAAAUUAGGUAACCUGUAAUUUUUCAAGCCUUAUAUCUCAAAAGCAGCAAUUGCAACUGCUGCCGAAAAUUAGAAGGAUCUGUAUGCGAAAAAUAACUCUUGCUACCCAGUCACGCUUAAGUGGUUUUCCAUACAACUCCUUGUAAAUUCUGAAAUGUUUAAACUGUCGUUAAAUCUUUCCCUUAUGCUUUUAAGGGCUCAAAGUGCCUGUUAUGAAUUAAGAGAAGAUUUGAGCCCUGUAAAUUAUCUCAAGGAAAUAUUUCACGACAGUUUGAAAAUUUUGAAAUUUACAAGGAUUUGUAUGGCAAACCACUCAAGCAUGACUGGAUGGCAAAAGUUGUUUUUCUCAUGCAAAUCCCUUAAAUUUUUCCGCAGCCAUCGCGAUCGCUACUUUUGAGAUAUACAGCUGAAAAUUUGUUAGUUACCUAAUUUUAAUAUGCUUUUUCAGCUUGUGCUAACAAAAUUUUUCAAAAGUGAACUGUUUUCGUGUUUACCAAAAGUUGAUCAUGUGAUUGACUUAUGCAAAAGACCUAUUAAUAAAUAACUAUUUGAAUAUAGUUGCAGGCAAACAGUUAACUCACUCUGAAAAGGUAUAAAUAUUGAAUAGAAUAAUUUUUUUUAUGUUUUUCUGUAAUGGUUACUAUAAAAUUUGAAUAUACACUGUAACUGUGUGCUUUCUCAGAUGCCCUUUCAUUAAAUGUGUGACAGAAAUCUCCUUAUACUGUAAAACUAUUUUCAAGAGUAUGUAGCCUACUUUAAAAAUGUUUUUUAAAUUGAAUUUUGCAUUCUUUUAUGGGAUAUAUGGGUCACAUACAAGUGGACUUGUUAUGUAGUGACAUUUUAUUUCAAGGAGGACACCCCUAGCUGAAAGGGAAAUGUCUCUCACUCUAUGGCUGACAAUCUUGGGUGGCUAUUGAUUGUAUGGUGGUUUUUGCUUAAUCCAGUGUCACUUUUUAGUUAGUCUCUAAAAGACUGAGGCCAAUAUUAAAAACUAUUAUUUUCUCAAGAUGCUUACUGAAAAGAGAGUGCCAUAUUUAUUCAAAUAAGUGCCCAACCUCGGAUAAGCGCCCACCCCCUCCUCCUCCCACUCAAACUCAAAUAAGCUCCCACCCUCAUCCCAUCCCCCUUCCCACUCUCACCCCCCCAAAAAUUGAAUAAGUACUAAUAAGAGACUUCCCCGAAGACAGAGUUUUCUCCUGAGUAUUUGACAGAAACCUCGCUUUGUUACAUCUUCGCAGUUUGUUAUUACCAUUUAUUGUUUUGUAGCAAAAUAAACAUACUACACUUGCUGAAAUUUUAAUAAGUGCCCACCUCGAAUAAGUGCCUACCCUCAAGGUCCAAAAAUUUAAUAAGCGCCCAAGGCGCUUAUUAAAAAGAUGUAGCUUGCAAAUGAAGCCACCACUCUUUGCUUCCCACAAUUGGCAAAAUUUUCAAGAGAGACAAGUUUUGGUCUCAGAAAUUCCAUAAUGAUGACGUAAAUCAAUCUGUCCGAAAUAUGGUCAGGAGUCUUGAUUGAUUGACUAAGUAAUAAUUAUACUCUUUCUGCCAUUAUUGACUAAUGACUGACAAAAGACAAAAGGUCACAAAGAUCACAUUUACAUUGCAGGGAAGCCACAAAUAAACACUCAUUUCUUGGGAAUAGAUUUGCUUAACGAGGAGCAUUUGAGUUUUGGUGGUGCCAAUGGACUGCAGAACUCAAGAUGUCUCUACUGUGAUUAUAACCAGGAGAAACUAAGAAAAUAAUAAUAAUAAACGUCUGGAACUUCAUGACUACCAGAUUAAUAUUUUUAUAAACAAUGAUUAAAAUUUUUUGUCAUUAGUAAGUAUAAUUAUAUGGGUAAAUACUCGAGGCUAAAACACAGACAUCUCUCUUGCAAAAACAUUCCAUUCUCUUACUUAUUCAAGGUUGACAUCUGGUUCCAUUGGUUCUGAGGAAGACUUUAACAUGGCAAAUGGUGAUGCAAGUAGCUCAGACUCUGCACCAUCCACAACUAACAGACCUGCUUUGCAGCAGUUCAAAAAACAAAAGGAACAGGCUGCAAUUGAAGGUAACUAAUUAAUGGAAUUUACUGAAAGUCACUGCAGCCAAGCAUCUUUGCAACUGACCAUAAGAUCUAAUAGUCAAACCAGAUUUGGAAAGAAUGAAACACAAAUACAUGUUCUGGAUGUCACAUCUACCAAGCUUCAAUAAUACCUCUUCACUGCAGGCCCAAAGUUUUCAAUAAGAGCCAGUAGCUGGUGAAAUUGGCUGGUUAUUUCAUGUGAACUCGCUGCCUACUUUUCUACCCCAGUUUAAAUAGAGUAUUCAUAUGCUAUUACUGAAUAAAAAAGCCAAAAUUUAAUGUGUCUGUGUUUGUUCAAACACUCUAAUUUUUGCUCCAGAAUGCUGGAAAUUGUCCAUGCUAAGAGGCCCAGCUAGAUUUCAAAAUUUUUCCAGAAACUCGCGCCUUUGGCCCUCUCAAGUGGUGUCUUUCCCAUGAGUUUUUUCCUUCCCCACCUACUGCAAAGUUUUUGCGACCUACUUAAAAUCUUAUUGAAAACCCUGCUGGCCUUCCAGUGCUGUCCUGUGACUAACUGUGAACAGGGCAUCAACUUUUUGUAUGUUAUAUCUGAAUAGAAGUCGUGUAGUCGUACAAAACAGGUCACAAGGUGUCAAUUUUGUAACAUUUUAUUAUUUAAUAAACUGGCAAAAUAAUGGUAAGUUUAUAAUGAAUCAAAAAGUAUUAUAUUAUUAAAAAUAAAGAGAGAAACUAUCAUGUUUUUUUUUAGCUUCAAAGGAACCAAAACCAAUCAGAACAGUGCUACCUCCUGCUCAAAACAAACCCAGAAAAUACAGCGAGGAGCCCAUGACUUCAGAACCAAAUCCUCCUGGCCCUCAUCGUCCUGUGAGUUAAUGCGUUUUAGUGAUGUUAUAUUCACAGUGCUCAGGUUGACAGUGGAUAAAAAAAGAAAUAAAAAUCACCAACGGAUUAAGUGUACAGGAUAGAGAAUUGUUUUACUUCUAAUUUAUGGGCUUAUCAUAGUUGCUCCAUGAUUUUAAAUUGUGGUUCAAUGCAAGUUUGAAAUACAAACUUGAACACUUCUUUCAGUUUGCUUUAAUUCCAAAGAAGCUUAAUUUUGAUCCUUAAUGAAGGAUAAAGGUAAAGGAAGAAAAACUGAUAGAAUCAUUACACUUGACAGUGGAAAUAACAAGAAGUUGAAAUAUUUGUUAGCUCAACACAAGCAUGUUUAUAUCACAAAAAUUGAUCACUGAGGUUUACAAAAUUGCUGCUGGAAUCACAAAAAUAAAAAUGGUUCUAACUAAAACCUGCAGAAAACACAUUACACUGUAGUUAAUGCAGAGAAGAAGGAAGAAGCAUUGUGUGUGGCUGAAUAUAAUGCCUAUUAUGCAAGCCAGUCUCACUAAAGAUUCUGUGUACACUUCUUGGUGUUUAACUUAAGAGUCAACUGUUGUCCUAAAAAGGACAGAAUCAGAUUUUUGAAAGAAACAGAUUGCUGGGAAAAUAUAUUGUACUGUCUUCUUAGUAAUGCAGAGGAUAUGCUUUCUGUUAAAAAGUUAUGUUGUAACUUCAACUUGUUUUUUUCAGUUCUUUUUAAUGACAAUAUAAGUCACAAACGGCAAAUGAAAUGAAGGUGUUUCUAAUAUCUUAGCAUUAAAAAGCAUGACAUGUUUUAUUUUUUAAUUUCAGUCUAUUCAGAGAGGAGGAAAAUGGUACAAAGAAAUGUUCAAGGAAUUACAUUCAAGUGCAGGAAGUAUGUAGAAACAGGUUGAAAAUGUAUUAUACUAACAACGUUGAGAAGAACCUUUCUCUCAGCUGUUGUGAAUUGUAAAUUUAAUAUUAUCCACAAUUCCCUCAGGGCUUUUCACUGAUAAUUUACUGCACUGAUUGAGGGGACUUGAGCCAGACUAGUUAUGGUGCAGUUUGCACUAUUAAUUAUGUACUGAUUUAUAAAAUAAUGUCUCCAGAUGUCAAAGUGAAGUUGAGAUAGACCACCAUACACAUCUCCUACUCUUUAGAAAUAGUGUGUAAGCACUUCAACAUCACACAGGAUUUUAUAUGAACUAGGGCUGCGAGACAGGUCCUCUGGUUUUUUGCUCUUUAUUUUCCUAGAAGACUAGAAAGCCUAACCAUUUGCAGAUGACUUGAUAUUACAAAGGCAGUACUUUCUCCUCAUAUAUAAAUAUUUAAAGACAUGGAGUGUUGGUCAAGCUGGGGUUUGAACCCAGGGCAUUACAAAGUGGCCUCUUUAAUUUUCCUACAAUUACUUUUCCUUCUUAGCUUCAUCAAACCUGUCUGGAUUACUUGCCAGUGAUGUUGCCAAGGGAACGGUUAGAAACCAUGAGAGCACUGGUUCUAUAUCUCCAAGAAGUGCAUCACCUUCCCCUGAUCAUCGUGGUGACAAUGAGGUGUUUAGCAACAGGGCAGACUAUGUUAAUGAUGUACCUGUCAAGAAUACGGGUUCACUAUCAUCGGAGCCAAGAGCAUCCUGGUCUAGCUCUGAUGAUGAUAGAAAGUUACCCUCAUGGCAGAAGCAGCCGACAAGUGAGAAGAGACCAUCACGUGUGAGUGCUAGUCAUGUGCCAGCAUGGUAUAAAGAUAUGCAGAGAGGAGUUGAGGUCCCUGUGCAGAAGAUUGAGGAACCUGAGUCUUACAUGGUUCAAAAGAGACCAUCAUAUGGUAAACUUUCUCUUUCUUUAAGUUUAAUUUUCAGUUAGUUAUAAAAUAUAUCUACUUUCCUUCUUAAAAAAAUUAUAUUUGCAUUCUUUUAGAGUUUAUUUACAGUUCAUAGUGCUUUACAAAUUCAAUACAGUUCUGACUUGAGAAGAAAAAUAAGAUAAAGAGAAAAUGAAUACAUAAUAAUUACAUCACGAACCAAAAGUUAUGAAGUAUUGUUUCAUGUCCUGCUUAGAUGAGUUCCCCAGAAUUAUUUAAGUCAAGGUUUCGUACAAGCCUGUAUUUUAGGGUUCCUUUUUACAACUGUAAAAGUUGCAUCUGUAAUUGCUAUGAUAUUAUUUUCACUUAAUUCUUAACCCCGCAGUUCCUGUAUGUGAUUUUCAUAUAUUCAAUAUUUUAUUGUCACCCUUGCAUGAGUUUAUAACGAAUUACCUGCUCCCAGCUGGCUUGUUAGCUCAAUUGGUAGAGUGCUACACCAGUAUCGCAGAGUUCAAGGAUUAGAUUCCAGUACAAUUAGCCUGAUUUUUUUUUCAGGCUUUCUUUUCGAAACUGGAAAAGUUGCGUCUAUAACUGCGAUGAUCUUUUUUCUUUUAAUUAUCCACGUUGCAGUUUCUAUUUUAUGUACGAUUUUCAUAUAUUCAUUAUUUAAGUUAGAUGUGUUGCCAAGUCACUCAAUACACCCAUUUUAAAUUUUUCUGUAGCAAACGUGGGAGAAGAGAGAAGAUUUCAGGAGCCACAAGUCUCCAUAGCACCAAUGGCCAUGACGUCCUCACCAAGUUCCACUUACAUUGAUAACAGGAGGGCACCUGUCGGAAUGACAGUUCAAAUGGAAGAAAAGUAUCAGCCUCCUAGUGCCUCAAGCUUGUAUGAGAGUCGCUUUAGAGGACGACAGGUUUGUUUUAUAUUCUUAGCCAGUGUUUAUAUGUGAGGUGAUGGAUAAACAAAAAGAAUGCACAAAAAACGAUUAGGCCAAUAUCCAGCCUUAUUGAGGAAACAAUCUUUUUCAGUUCUACCCUGGAUUCUUCUUAUGCUAAAAUCACAGAAGUUUGAGGAGGCUGUUGAGGAGUUUGAAAGAUUUAUGGCAACGUCAAUAGAGCCAAUAACAAUGCCGUGAUGCCUUCAGCUAAUGAAACUAUUUGUUUGCAAAAUGCAUGAAAUAAUCUUUCAUGGAAAAUAAAUUACAAUGUAGCAAGAACCCAGCCGGCCAUCACAUUAUGCUUUGUUAAAAAGUGAUUUAAGUGCAAACUUUAACCCAAUUUUUUAUGAUCGACGGAGUUUUCUCUCCUCUUGCAUUGUUAUUUUUGUUUUGUGUUAGCUACCCGUACACAAAACUUGUAGCUCUGAUAAUGUGAUUUGACUGGGAUUGAUUUGAUCUGUCAUAGCAGGGUGCCGCGAGAAAAGCAUCAGAAGAGCUACAAGUAAGACAACAGCCACCCUCUGAUGAAGAUGUGUUUAGAAGGCGAGAAGAAGAAGCUGCCCGCCGGAGAAGAGAAGAGGAAGAAGAGGAGCAGAGACGGAGGGAAGAAGAAGAGAGGAGGAGGAGGGAAGCCGAGGAGGAAAUGAUGAGAAGAAAAAGAGAAGAAGAGGAGGAGCGAUUGAGGCGAGAAUACGAAGCAGAACUGGCCAGGAGACGGAGAGAGGAAGAGGAGAGGGUCAGGAGAGAGGCCAGCAAACCACAGUUUAUUGCCAGAGCUUUGUACACCUUUAAUGGUCAAACUGCAAAGUAAGACAUCAAUCUACUUUGGAAAAAAAAAAACAGUUUGUGGAGUGUUUGAAAAAGCUUUUACGAUUACAAUUAUUGACAAAAUGCGAAGUUGAAUGCAGCAAACAUUUUUCCAAACCUUUUUCACUUCAGUGAUCUUCACGUGCGAAUUGUGAAUGAGUUUGAGAAAGACAUUUAACAAGAGCUUUACGAGUAUAACCUUAAAUGGGAAAAUUCGUUUUAUUUCCGUGACCAAUGAUUUCCUUUCUUCCUCAGGGAGCUGUCCUUUAGAAAAGGUGAUAUUAUCAGCGUUAGACGGCAAGUAGAUAAGAACUGGAUAGAUGGGGAACUCAACGGAAGACGUGGCAUUUUCCCGACAAAUUAUGUUGAGGUAUUUGACUGCUUGGUUGAUUGAAAAGAUUUAUGUGGUCAGACGUUUGGUUUACAUCUGAAAUGUAGAGACCUUGCUGAGUGUAAUUAGCAGUGCUCCGAAACGAAGUAACUUUUUAAUGGAACAUCAUACUUUGGUAUUACUUCCGCACACUCCAAAGUUUAGUGGCUUAAGAGAGUCUUGAAUGGUCACACUAUAGGGAUUGCUUUUCCACUGACAAAGUUAGAACCACUUUUUACCGCAAAAAAGUACCGCUUUUGACAGUAAAAUACUGCUUUGUAGCUUUCAUAUACGUUGUAAAACGUGGAGAUUUCAUCCGCGCAGUCAGAAAGUAGAAUAACCUUUUAUUAUAUACAUACUGAGAAAUACUAAAAAGCUAUGUCGUAAAUUUUCAUCCACUACUGAUAAAAUAAACAGUACUGCGGGGCAGUAAUGCUCCAUAUCAUACAAAAAUUAAGCGACGCAUCUUUCCUAUUGUAAAAUAACUAAGAUAGUACGCGUGUUCUUAUUGGUUAAAAACCUAUUGUUUAUUGUGCUGGUAAAAUCAUAGAAAACAUAAAGUUAUUUUAUAAAAGCAAUAGACCACACUCUCUUUGGGUUUACCGUCGUGAUAACCGACUUGGGAUGUUGAGAGAACACCCGAAAUGCUUGUAAAUCACGAGCCCAAAGUGAUUUACAGGCUUUUCUCGUGUUCUCCCAACACCCCGCGUGGGUUAUCACGACAGUAAACCCAUAGAAAGUGUGGUCUAUUGCCUACGAAACUCCACCUGAUAUUGCCAAAUCACCCACAGGGCUAUCGUUAAAAGCUGUUGAUUAGCAAUUAUUGGAUUCGGCUUUCGUAUAAUAUGAGGAAUUAUGCAGAUCUCGGACGAUAUUAUCCGUCGAGGGCAAUUCUUCAGAACACACGCGUACGAAAGCUGGAUCCAGUAAUGUGUUUUAUUAUUCAUUCAAAAUAGUUCAUGCUUCACAACAUACUUACCUCAAUUGAUGUUAUUUGUCUGUCACUCGGUUAAUUCAGGACAUGACAUGUAAAGAGAUGUGUGGUCUGGCAGUUAUUUUUCCAGAGCAGUUUUCAACCGUUGAGUUGCAGUUUUGCUAUUCUUACUAUGGUUUUAGGCAGAAGUUCGGCUAUUUCUUCUUCGCAAAACGUGUGAAGUUUUUCGCUAUUAUCUACCAAAACAACUGAGCUAACGCAACCCUCUUUCCCAGAGCUUCUCGGUUGCGGAACUUUUUUCUGGCGAUAGCCUGCACUGCUGACGUCAUUUUACCGGAUAUCGCAAGGGUCUCCCAAAUUUGGUCAAAGUUAGCUGGUCAUGAAGAAUUAUCGGGGGGAUUCGAGCCAAUCACAAAUGGAGAAAUAUUUUGAAUGAAUAAUAAUGAACGUUAAUCUUCUGUUUACGAAGGUUCGUCCAGUAGAAGAAGAUGAUGAACCAACUCAUGUUGCACCCUCACAGAAGAUAGUUCCUCGUGUGCAAGUUGUCCAACAUGAGGUUCCUCCUCAACAGCGUCAGCCGGCGGCAUCCUCUUAUACUCCGCAGCCACCCCAGGCUCAGCAGGUCUCAGCACGCCCUGCUACUCAGACUGUUAAUGUGGAGGGUGAAGCUAAAGUUAAAUACAGCUUCAAAGCGGAAACGCAUAGAGAGCUUCCCUGUAGUAAGGUAUGAUAGCUCGCCACUUUCUCACCCGCAAAUCCAUUAAAUUUCGUUAAGACUAUCGUGUGUAUUCUUUAACCACUUAACCUUCAUUCCCCUAGCCUGCGUAGCAAGCGUUUCUAAUCGAGUUAUUGCGCGAAAGUUAGAGCGGAAGCGAUUAAAAAAAAAAAAGGUCAUUCCUCUUUUUUUUGCUCUCUUCCCAACUUUCUCGACGAACUCGCGCGGAAACGCUUGCUACGCAGGCUAUCAUUCCCCAGGGGUGAAAGUGGUAAUAAAGAUGAGAACUUGGCAAUAAACUUAAUUAAACACUUAAUUAUCCUCUGCCCUGAUGGGGCUUUUCAUAGACAAUAAAAAAUUGUUUCAAAUGGAACAUAACAUGGUUAAGAAUCCCAACUUGGAGGAACGAGCGUGGCCGAGUAUUCGAACUCAAGACUACAGAGAAUAAAUCCAGCUUUACGUUCAGGGUGGUUCCUGAACUCGGGGCCUCUGGGGCGUCUAACCGCUCGGCCACGCUUCCUCCACGACAAAUUUGUUUUGUUCCUUUUUUAGGGAGAUAUAAUAUCCUUAGUUCGAAAAGUUGACAGUAAUUGGUACGAGGGACGAGUGGGAGAUAGGAAAGGAAUUGUACCAUCAAGUUACUUAGAGGUAAGAGGUAUCAACAGUUUUGUAAUCUUACUAGCAAGGUCCUUUCCAUGAGCGAGCGAAGGAGAUGCGUGUAAGCCACCACUCCAUACGCCACUUGUACCGGCUUUCGGAAAGGAAAGAUUGCUGGUCACGUGAAAAUGCGAAUAGAACUGUAGUCUUGAACCAGGCUGGCUUGCCUUGCCGAGGUGACUUUUAUCCCGGUAUUACGCCAUCUCAAAACCGGUAUCCCAGCUGGCCGGGCUUUCUCGAUGAUCUUGUCCAAGCGAUCGAGCCCGAGUUAUCUUAUAUAAUCAACCCCUCUAGCUAUUCAGAAAGCCUUCUAAUAGAGAGGUUAAGCAUAACGUUUACGUCAUACAACAAACGCGAAUUUGUACCACGUGACCAAGUUUCCCUAUUACUUGUCGCCUACUGUUCAUUAUUUCUACACACAAAUUAGUGGUUUCACGCAAUUUUUUAUCCAUAAGAAUUUUCUGAACUGUUUUUAUCUGCUCAUUUUCUAUUUUGAUAAAUUCUCAACUUGAAUCUGACGUUUGCCGUUUGCCGUAUACGUGAAGCUUAAACUCUCCAAAACUCUGCUAAAUCCUCCGCAAAAACUCUGACGAUGAUAGACUUACUGACACAUUUUUGGGUUCUAACAUCGCGGUUUUAUUGUUGACAGACAUCGAGUGGUAUCUCUCAACAUAUUUAUUGUGUUUUCUCCCUUUUGAGGCCACUAAGAAAAUAUAUUUCCUGCUCUAAAAGUAGUGUUAAUGCCAAUUUAAAUGUUAGUGAAUACCACGCCUCUUGUACACGAGUUUUCUACGAACUUUAACUCCAAUGCCGAUGGUGUUCGCAGUAGCGGGAGUUGGGUGAAACAUUGCUCGUGGUCCGCCAAAGCCGCAGGUUACAAACAGGUUAUACUUUCGCGCUGAAAGCACAAAUCGUAAAAUGGUAGAGAUACAUUACGUAUAUCGCGCCAGGGCGGUGCAAUAAAACUAGAACAUUUAUCGCUGACAUGUAACAUUUUCAUUAUAGGUUUAUAGGGAGCCUGAAGUUCAAGGUAGGUAUAUGGAAGGUCAUAUAGCAGACUGCCUAACUGUUUAGAACGUCUAGUUCGGGAAUAAAACUAUCACACACAUCUCAAUACUGUAGUGGCAGAGUGAGACAAAAAUAAAAUGGUGAAUGCUUUGUUUAGCGAGGAAAUGCAUUUAGUGUUAGCUUGUAACGUCAUAGCCAGGGAGUUAAACGGUGAGCGACCAAGAAUUCGAAAGAACCAAACCAAAGCUAGUGGUCAGACUGAGGAUGUUCGCUGACGGAAAAUACUUAUCAAGGGUUUAAUAAAGAAUUUGGUUGCGUGGUGUCUCUUACCAUACAUUUUUCUCUCAUAAAAUUGUCUCAUCACCGAGUUAUAUAUCUCCUCCUCUGUAUUCUUUAGUUAUUCGUCAGGAACAAAUACAGUCAGUCCCGUCCGCCCGAGUGGAGCAGGUAAAGGCUAUAUUCUCUUUAGUGUAUUACAACUCCUCGUCUACAAUAAAAGUGAGAUUUAAACGAUGAAACUCUUACGAGUGGUACGAGUUUUAAAACCAAUGUUUACGAUUUGUGCAGUUGGAUCAAGUGGUGUAUCUGUUAAAUUCAUGCGAAGUUCAUUACUUGGAAAAAUAAUGUGACUGAGUUGUAGAGAGGUACAGAGUCGUACAUCUUGUUAAACUGCAUCUCAUUUAGGGCCUGUUUACGUGGAGGUGGAGGACACCCCACCCCUCAGCCGGGGUCAUAUUUUGCCAAGGUGGGGUAACCCGCCUAGCCGGGAUCGGAUUCGUGAUGCAUCAAAUUCGCGCAAAAUUCACUUUGGCGGUGGCUUUGCAUCAUUACCAAAGGUAACAAUACAACACACCACUCAAAUUCUAAGCAUCGCUAUUGAAAAGCAUCUCAUAAACGUUACAAGAAUUGUACGAGUCGUACUACUUAAAAAGGCCCUCUUGUCUCCAACUCACCACAAAAAUUGUAAGUGUGCCAAAUGAGAUGUAUGUUCCUAACAUGCACGACUCUCUGCCACUUGAAAAGGCGCUCCCUCUUUAGAAGUCGGCACCAAAAUUCUAACUUUCCCCAAGUGAGGCAAUACUCCACAGAAUUUUACUGAAACAUAUUAUUUAACAAUUAUUCCUCGAGCCCGAAUGGGAUCUGAAUCAAUAGCCCGUGAGGCCGAAGGCCGAAUGGGCUAUUGACUCAGAGGCCAUGAGGGUGAGAGGAAUAAUUGUUUUAGUAAAAUCCAACUAGUUGGUCAAGAAUAUCGAGAAUAAAAAAGCCCGCGCUUUUCGCUACUAGUGGGCUAUAACAUAUAGCCUAGUAGUAGCUCAACCAAUCAGAACGCAGCUUGAUAGUUGACCACUAGUUGGAUUUUACUAAAUGAAUUUACCACCAUAACCAAUCGCUCAGGUGGAAAGCCUAUUCUAAUACCUCUUACCACUCGUAAUGAGGCUUACCAUAAAAGGGGUCUUCUUUCAAUUAUUGGGGCAUUUUUGGGGGGUGAAUGAUUAAUUAUUAUUUGCCUAUUGAAACCUCUGACCAUAAUAACUGAUCUUAACUAGUCUAGUGUUGUAUUCUUCAACGAUCCCAGAUUACGAAGAGCCACUGUUUCGCCAUUAGGUUCCUUACGUGGCGAAUGUACCAAGAAGUUUUAAUCACGGGAGUCACUGUUAGAUGUUUUGAUGCUUUAAUAACAUGUCAUGUUUACUUUGUUUUCUGUGUCAGGCUCCCGAUUAUGGAAGAACAGAACUUGGCUACGAUCAACGUCAACAUCAGCAGUCGAGAGGGUAAGUUGGGUGCGGUGUAACAACAUUAAAAACGGCUUUUAAAAAUACUUAAAAUGCGCACUAUUAUUCGGAAGUAACUUCACCAUAAGCAUUGUUGGAUAGUGGCACAUUGAGAGAGUUCCGUUGAAAAAGCAAGAUAAACGUUUUUGCGAAAUGGUCAAAACUAUUCAACGUAGGCGAGACCCACCACUUCACGCACAAACUGCUAGUGUGUCUAUGUAUCUCCCUUCCCCACCAUGAAAUAUGUUUUUUAGAAGGAAAAAAAUAUAACAUGUAAAUGCCUCAAUGCAGUUUGUCUGACAAUGCAGGCUUCAUGCAGUAUGCAUGUUUUGGCCCCUUCUACACAAUGAAUGAUGCUGAUUACGUUCCAAUUCUUUGUUGUUACCAGUCCAUCUGGGAAUAUGUACUCAGGCCAGGCUUCCAAGCAAACACAAGUCAAGUAUAUUGAGGAGAGAGAAGAGCCUCGUUUUGGUAGCAGAGGAGUGGUGGCUCAUGCAGUUAUUGAUGAGCCGCCGAGAAUAGGACACGAACAAGGGGAAAGGUACAGUGACGUAUUACUGAGCAUACAUAGUAUAGAUUAAUUGGAAUAAGGCAGGUAAAGCUGUUGAAAAUACCUUUUUGAUUUUCGGCCAUCGAUUGGCCAACAAUCGAUCGCGCGUUGUCUCAAUAGUCCAAGUUAUUUUUCUUCUUUCUCCUGAAAAAAAAUUAAUUUAAGUAGUUUGAAUGGUAUGUUUUUUUUAAAAAUGAUUGUUUUUCUUUUCAGAUAUCGCGCUAUGUUCAGUUAUGAACCUGUUAAUGAAGACGAGUUACGUCUGGAGGAAGGUGAUGAGGUGAUUGUAUUGGAGAAAUGUGAUGAUGGCUGGUUUGUAGGAACGUCUGCUCGCACCAAUUUAUUUGGCACAUUUCCUGGUAAUUACGUGGAAAAGGUCAAAUGGUAAGUUAAUAUGUGUAUAACCUUCACAACCUGUGGAUCUUAUACAAAGUUAUGCCUUUACGGCUGUUUACAGCAGGGAUCACUAUUGUCCGUUUACGAUGGCUUAUCCGCUACUCUGGAGACAGUUACGAUGGAAACUUCAGUCACUUGCAGGCGAAGGAAGAAGCGGUAAACGUUACCAAUUUAAACUCCGAACUGGUGUGAAC